AGCCAAUAACCAUCUGGGUCACUGAUAUUUCUGACACUUUUUUUUCUUUGACAUCUUCAGUCUUAAGGCAAUAUGUUGUCGUACUGUUCUUUUCACUAUUUUGAUCUAUGACUCAUCUGUUUCAUUUUUAGUUGAUCCAAUAUGAAACGCUCAAAAACGAAGCCGCCACCUGAAAUUGAAAAAUGGACGAAGGAAGAUGUCCACCUGUGGCUGAUGACACAGGUCAAAGUUCAUGAGCUUUGUGCAGACAGGUUCAUUGAAGAAGAAGUCUCUGGAGAUAUUUUAGUUGUCUUUGAAAAGACAGACAUAUUAGACUUGGGAAUAAAACACGGUCCUGCAGUCAAAAUCACAUCUUAUCUAGAAAGGUUAAAGGAAGGAUCAAAACAUGAGUCACAGUUCCCACCAUAUGUGGAAAACUGGACAAAGGAGCAGGUGAACCAGUGGUUACAGCAGCAUGUGAAGACAUAUAGCAAAUAUGCAGAACGGCUCCAGGAGGAAGAUGUUUCUGGAGAUUGUCUUGUUUGCUUUAAGAAGCAGGAUUUUCUGGAUCUGGAUGUGAAAAGUGGUCCUGCUGUAAAGAUUCUGGCAGAACUACGUCAGUUGAACACGAAACCAGAGCCGACACUGCAACCGAUCCCUCACACCAGCACAGAACAAAAAGCAACUCCAAAACCCAUUCAACCUAAACCAAGUCUGGCUCAAGCAAUAGCAACCCAGCAAGCUGAGUCAUAUGACAACACUGAAUCAAAAACAGAUGAAAUGGUGGGAAAAAAGUCUGAAAAAGUCCAUCUGCCAUUUGAGAGACCUUCAGGAAAGGAGAAAAUUCAGCAACCAAAGGCACAGAACUUGGGGGCCAAGAGGACAGAAACUGUUACCAGAACCCUACCUGACAUACCCAAGAUCACUGUGGAAAUCCAGAAAACCCUGGACAACCUUUUAAAAGAUGAUCUGAAAAGGUUUCAUUUCCACUUACAAGAAUACAGCAAAUCUAAGCAUAAACCUAUUCCUCGGGGCAAACUGGAGGGCAAGGACACCAUGGACACUGCUAAGUUAAUGACUGAACACUAUGGAGGCAAUGAGGCCUUACAGGUCACACUAGACAUUCUAAAAGACAUCCAUCAGUGUGAUCUUGUUUGUCAUUUGGAAAAGAACAUGGGUCAACUAAGGCAGCAGUGUCUUUCAAAAGAAGUUUCGAAGAAAGAAGCUAACCAGGGUGACAAACUUAAGAAUUUGUUGACUUGUGGUGGAAACUCACUGGACAGUUAUGACAGAUUUGUUGUUGUUGCGAACAAAAGCAGUCCAGAACAAGUGCAGUACCUCCAGUUUCUGAGUAAGUUGAAAUUGUUCUGUGUGUUAGACUUUGACCCUGAGUCUGCUGCUAAAGGUGGACUGUGUCACUCAUACAGAGAGUUGAGAGUGGCCAAUCAGCACACCCCAUCACAAUAUCAAGGGCAGACUGAAUCAGUAAUAAAGAAUCUUAACCUCUACAAACAGACCAGUUGGGUCUUCUGCAAUGGCAGACAUGACCUUGACAGCGACUCUAACAGAGAGUUAGAUUAUAAGAACUGGCUAAGGAAAUCUUGCAGAGAUGUAGAGCAGUUGGUUUCAUUCAUUUGCAACCCUGAAGUUCUCCUUCAUGGAAGAAGUCUCAUCAUCUUCCUCCUACUUUCACCUGUGGACUCUGAGAAAGACCCAAUCUAUGACACCUACAAGUCCUUCUUGAAACACACUGAGGAGAAAAACAUCAUCACUAUAUGUGAUUCUCAGAGCACCUAUGAGAAAUGGAGGGAGCUGAUACAAGACAAGUGUGACUGUGACAUUGACCCGCUAUCCAUAUAUGAGCUGACCCUAAGCGAGGUCAACGGGACUGUAAUGGCACUCGGGCCUUUGAGUCAGUCAUCUGAAAGGCUGCUUCCCUCUUCCGACUCCAGUGCUGUUGUUCUGAAACAGAAAGAUGAAGAUCUGAUGACAGCUUUGGACAUUUUGUGUAUCAAUCAGUGUGAAAACAUCUAUGAUGAAAACAGUCAAGAGUUCCAUGACUUCAGAAUCAAAGUUGAGAAAGAAUUUUACAGAGGAGGUAAAGUCAAAUGGUGGAACUUUUACUUCUGUGACAAAGACACAGAAAAGCCAUUCAUCAAAAGAGACAAGUAUGAAAAUGUGAAGAGGAUGAUAAGGUCUCAGUGGAGAGAUUCAAAGAAUGCAUGUGUUCUGCUAAACCUUUUCCACCAUCCAGGCUGUGGUGGGACCACUUUAGCGAUGCAUGUCAUGUGGGAUCUCCGUCAAGAGUUCAGAUGUGCUGUGCUGAAAGACAACACACUGCCAAAAGAUGAAGUCGCUAUUCAAGUUAUAGAACUCAUGAAGCUUGAAAGUGAGAAACCUUCUCCAGUUUUGCUGUUAGUUGAUGACUCACAAGAAACCAAGAAUCCUUAUGAUCUUGUAAUCUGCAUCCGUAAAGCUGUAGAGGAUUUCUCCAACAUGAAUAUGGAUGACAUGCAAAACUGCAAAGUCAUCAUCCUUAACUGUGUCCGUUCACAUAGCCCAAAGGAGCAAUACAAACAGAACGAUUCAACACAAUGUCAGUACAUUACUGCUUCAUUGACAUCAGAAGAACAGAAGGAGUUUGAAAAGAAACUUAAAGAGCUCGAAGAAACUCAUGAAAGGCCUGAAAACUUUUACAGUUUCAUGAUCAUGAAGAGCAAUUUUGACACGGAUUAUGUCGACGAUCUUGCUCGUAACACACUGGAGAGCUUUAAUUUCAGCACAAAGGAGGCCCAACUGUUUGCUUUUCUAGCAUUACUGAACACCUAUGUGGCAGAAUCUGAAAUCUCUCUCUCUCUCUGUGAGGAUUUUCUUGGGUUGAAAAUGAUACGUUGGAGGGAGGACAGUGUACUGGACAGAAUGAAGCCAUAUUCAAACUUCCUCAUCAUAGACACAGACGAAGAGUGGGGCGGAUACAAAGGCAUCCGAAUUCUUCAUCACACCAUAGCAUCUGCCUGUCUGGAAGAGUUGGAGAGAAGCUGCUAUAUAAAAGUAAGUGGUAUUGCUAUGGAGAUUCUUCACUGUGAUCUGUUCUUCAGUGUUGGAGUUGUCAAACACAGAUUCAUUCAGUCAAUUCAACGAAUGUUGAUUGAAAGGCAGCGCAAGAAAGAUGGAGAUGAGAGAGAACCAUUUUCUCCCCUCAUAGAGAAAAUCCACAACCAGCAAGGCAGGCAAACUGUCCAAGAAAUAUUUGUGAAAGCAUCAUCCAGGUUUGAAACAAGUGCAUCUAUUCCCCAGGCACUGGCAAGAUAUCUGUACAUCAAUGAGCGUGACUUCCCAGAGGCUCUGAAGUGGGCAGAAAAGGCCAAGAACAUCAAGCAAAACUCAUACACAUUUGACACAAUUGGACAGGUGUACAAAAACAAUUUAAAAUCCAACAUCCACAGAGAAAAGCAGGAGACAACACAUAACCCAGAAGAUUUAAACACAAACGUUAAAAUAGCAGAUAAUGCUAUCACAGCAUUUAAAAGGGCUCAAGAGCUGGCAAGCAGAGAGGAUGAACCUGAGGAGGAAGCCGCUGAUGAUGAGUCAGAUGACUAUCCCAGAAAGUCAUAUAAUGUUUAUGGCUAUGUGGGUGUGCUGGAAAUUGCUUUCCUGAUCUUUGAGAUUUUGGGAAGAUUACCAUUCUUUGAGGAAAGUGAUCCAAUGAAGAAGAAGUACUUACAGAGUUUUCUGCAGAAAGCAAUCCCAAUCACCAGCGUCUAUAAGGAUGACAAUGAGAUCAACAACAGAUACAUGGAGAUCGUCAAAGAACAUGAGCCAUUCCUCCUCAAUUUGAAAACUGAAGUAAAAGAAACGUUUGAACUUCUUGACUGUUACUUCACAUAUACAAAAGGGAGAAAUUCAGAAUUUGAUUCAAAGAACCAUUGGACCGUCUGUAGUCAUUUUAAAAAGUAUGUAAAUCUUUUUUGCACCGCACCAGAGGGAAUCAAAGCAGAACGACAAAACAAUCCCAAUCUCAAUUUGAAAAUUGAAAUUGAAGAACGAAGAUCGUGUCUUGAGAGGAAUCAAGCAGAUACAUUCGCAGGGAUCCUUCAGCAUUUGGACAAAUCUGCUGAAGAGAUUGAGAGAGUCACAGAAUGCUAUGCAUUCUUGCAACAACAACAACUUGCCAACAAAAAACAAAAGACAAAGGAAACAAUUAAUUACAUUUUGUCAAACAUUGUUCUUUACCAUUUGAAACCAAAAUCUAAACAUGUAAAGAGUUACAGCCACCUCUCUGAUCUCCUUUUGAAAACUCUGCAAGAUGUAGGACUUUGGUAUCCCUUCCCAGACCCAUACUACCUGGCUCUGCUGUUACUCUGGCCAAAUCCAACUCAGGAAAACACAGAAAUCGGGACAUAUGUGACUGCAAUUCGAAACUCAUCCCGUAAACAUCUGUCAAAGCCGUUUCGAAAGAGGAACACUGUUGCGCACCUCUACUUGGGCAAAGAAGAGGGACUCAAGAGGCUUAUCUCUAAACCUAAACUGAGUAAGAGUUUCCUGCAUAAGAUGCCUCGUGAUGCCUUGGCACAACUUUGGUGGAAUGGAGACAUAUUUAAAGAAAUAGCAAUUAUCAACUGCCUUCAGCGAGUCAGUGGAACCAUUGAGCAAGGAGAGUUGUUUGCAAAUUAUGGAAAACUGAAAAUCCCUGUGCGUCCAGCUCAUAUUGGUGGAAUAAGAACUGGUUUCAGCACAGAAAAGGUUUCUUUCUACCUUGGUUUUGCUAUUGAUGGACCCCUUGCAUAUGAUAUUCAGCAUGAAAACUAGGGAAGUUAAUUGUACAUUGCAACAAGAGCAUUGAUAGAUGAACUGAAGAGUGUAAAAAAUAUAUUUGUCAGCCAGUGGUUCACUUUGAGAGAAUUUCAAACUCAUAAUUGAAAUUCUGAUUGAUGUUAAACAGAUUACAGGGAUAAAUAUAAAUCCUGUAGCUUUAGCUGUAUAUGUAUAAAUGUUUUUAUAUUAUUUUUAUUUAAGCUUUUUUUCAUUAUUUUAAGCUUUUGUGCAAUCCUUUAAUUCUUUCUGAGGGGGUUUCUGUUGUUGUCUGUUGCAGAUGUGGCACAUUCAUCAAACAAUAUCCUAUUCAUGCAUUCAUUUACUGAGUGCAAAUAUCAUAAUAGUUAACCAUGAAAAUAAACUAAUGCUCAUUUACAAGAUAAAGUGAUGUGUUUGCUCUCUUAAUGUUAAACAAAAAAACAAACAAACAAUUAAACAGGGUAGUCAAAGUGAGCAGUAAAAUCACUGGAACUCAAGCAAUCUGCCUGACCUCCAUAAAAGAGGUCUGGCAGAGACUGUGCAUCCAGAGCCCCAUGCUGUGCCUUCUGGCCCCUUUUGUCAGGCGGCCACUAGCCAGUAACAACAGAUGUAAACACUCUUUUUUACACUCUGCUGUCACUCUGGUAAAUUUAGUCAGGAAAAAGUCAUCUCAAUACCUUAACAUGAAUUUCUUGUAUUAGAACUGUUUGACUUAUAUACAUGUUUGUUUUUUUUUAAUCAUUUUUAUGCAUUCUAUGUUAGAUGUUUUGUGUGGUAUUUCUUGUGUUGUUCUACAACUGCACAAACAAUUGCCCUCUGGGGACAAUAAAGUUAUUGAAUCUUGAUAUUAGAAAAAUAUAAUGAAAUCAUAUCUUGUGCAUUGUAUUCAUUGUUGUGGGUAGUAUUUAAUUAUUGUUACUUGGGUAGACAUUUGCAGUAUACGAAUCUGUGACACUUUACAA